AAUAGUGAGUGAGUGAGUUCAAUAAUAACAAGAGAAAAUGAAUUCCAAAGCAGUUGUUUUGAUCGGCCUUUUGGCUAUCUUCCUCCUAGCCUUUGUUUCUCAUGCAGCCACCAAAGAUUUGGCUGAAACCCAGGAUCAGUACGGAGGAGGAGGUGCAGCCCAGGAUCAGUACGGAGGAGGAGGGAAUAAUAAUGGCGGCGGUUGGGGAGGAGGAGGAAAUAAUAAUGGCGGCCGUUGGGGAGGAGGAGGAAAUAAUAAUGGCGGCCGUUGGGGAGGAGGAGGAAAUAAUAAUGGCGGCGGUUGGGGAAGAGGAGGAAAUAAUAAUGGCGGCGGUCGCGGUGGAGGAUGUCGGUACGGGUGUUGCAACAGAGGUUUACGUAGUUGUAACAGGUGUUGCUCUUACCUAGGAGAGGCGGUACAAGCUGAUGUUGGUGGAGCCAAGCCUUGAAGGUUGAGCCGAGUGGUGAGCUAGCUGCUAGCAAAAUCCAUGUAGUAAUAAUUAAGAAAGAAUAAGAAAAGGCAUCCAUGGUUGUGUGUGUGAGUGAAAGUUCAUGCUUUUAUAUCUAUAUAAUAAUAUGAUGCUAAUGUCACCACUGUUUGAUUAUGGAGUUCUAAAUUAAUAAAGAUCUUUUAGAAUU